CUCCCGCUGCUGCUUGUAUUUCUGCAACAAGAUGGCUGUCGUUCCUGAGAGCAGAGUCCUCACUUUCACCGUUUUUAAAUGGAGCUCUUACUCCUCUACAUAUUUACCCGAGAAUAUCUUGGUGGACAAACCUAAUGAUCAGUCUUCCAGGUGGUCUUCUGAGAGCAACUACCCACCACAGUUUUUAAUCCUGAAAUUGGAAAGGCCGGCAAUCGUUCAGAGCAUCACCUUCGGGAAGUACGAGAAGACUCACGUCUGCAACCUGAAGAAGUUUAAAGUGUUUGGUGGGAUGAGUGAAGAAAACAUGACAGAGCUUUUGUCCAGUGGCCUUAAGAAUGACUACAACAAAGAAACGUUCACCUUAAAGCACAAGAUCGAUGAGCAGAUGUUUCCCUGCAGAUUUGUCAAAAUAGUGCCUCUGAUGUCUUGGGGUCCCAGUUUUAAUUUCAGCAUCUGGUACAUUGAGCUGCACGGUAUCGAAGAUCCUGAUGUGGUGCAGCCCUGCCUUAACUGGUACAGCAAGUACAGGGAACAGGAAGCCAUCCGCCUUUGCCUCAAGCACUUCCGACAGCAUAACUACACAGAGGCCUUUGAGUCACUGCAGAAGAAGACUCGGAUAGCACUGGAGCACCCAAUGCUCACCCACCUGCACGACCGGCUGGUGCUGCAAGGAGACUUUGACGCCUGCGAGGAGCUCAUAGACAAAGCUGUGAGAGAUGGCUUGUUUAACCAGUAUAUCAGCCAGCAGGAGUACAAGCCCAGGUGGAGUCAGAUCAUCCCGAAAUGCAACAAAGGUACAAGCGCCCAAGAAAUCAACCGAGACGACGUGAACAGUGAGACCAUCUUUUCAAGCGACGGCGACGACAACAGGCCAGGGAUGAGGGGAGGACAUCAAAUGGUCAUUGACGUCCAGACUGAGACCGUUUACCUGUUUGGGGGCUGGGACGGCACACAGGACCUGGCUGACUUCUGGGCUUACAGUGUUCAGGAAAACCAGUGGGCCUGCAUCUCCAGAGACACCGAGAAAGAGAGCGGUCCGAGCGCUCGCUCGUGCCACAAGAUGUGCAUCGACUCCCAGCGGCGUCAGAUCUACACGCUGGGCCGCUACCUGGACUCCAGCGUCCGGAACAGCAAGUCCCUGAAGAGUGACUUCUACCGCUACGACAUCAACGCCAACACCUGGACGCUGCUCAGCGAGGACACGUCGGCCGACGGAGGGCCAAAGCUGGUGUUUGACCAUCAGAUGUGCAUGGACUCCGAGAAGCACAUGAUCUACACGUUUGGCGGUCGGAUCCUGACGUGUAACGGCAGCGUGGAGGACAGUCGGACGUCGGAGCCUCAGUUCAGCGGCCUGUACGCCUACCACUGCCAGGCGGGGACGUGGAGCCUCCUGCGGGAAGACUCGUGUAACGCCGGCCCGGAGGACGUCCAGUCCCGCAUCGGCCACUGCAUGCUCUUCCACACUAGAAACCGCUGUCUGUACGUGUUCGGAGGUCAGAGGUCAAAGACGUACCUCAAUGAUUUCUUCAGCUACGACGUGGACGGAGACCACGUUGAGAUCAUAUCUGAUGGCACCAAGAAGGACUCGGGCAUGGUACCGAUGACGGGCUUCACCCAGAGAGCCACAAUCGACCCCGAGCUCAAUGAGAUUCACGUCCUCUCGGGCCUCAGCAAAGACAAGGACAAGCGCGAGGAGAACGUCCGCAACUCCUUCUGGAUCUACGACAUCGCUCGCAACAACUGGUCAUGUGUGUAUAAGAACGAUCAGGCAGUGAAAGAAAACCCCAGCAAGGCUCUGCAGGAGGAGGAGCCGUGUCCACGCUUUGCACACCAGCUGGUCUACGAUGAGAUGCACAAGGUGCAUUAUUUGUUUGGUGGAAACCCCGGGAAGUCUUGUUCUCCCAAGAUGCGCCUGGACGACUUCUGGUCCCUCAAACUGUGUCGGCCCUCCAAGGAGUACCUGCUCCGCCACUGCAGAUACCUCAUCAGGAAAUACAGGUUUGAGGAGAAGGCCCAGUCGGAGCCACUGAGUGCGCUGAAAUACCUGCAGAACGACCUUUCACUCACGGUGGACCACACAGACCCCGAUGAGACCAAAGAGUUCCAGCUUCUUCCCUCGGCUCUCUUCAAGUCCGGCUCUGACUUCAUCCCUCUGGGUUUCUCCGACGUAGACCAGACAUACGCUCAGCGGACGCAGCUCUUCGACACGCUCGUCAACUUCUUCCCGGACAGCAUGACUCCGCCCAAGGGCAACCUGGUGGACCUCAUCACGCUUUAGCCCCGCCCCCACACCCACCGCCCACCCAAUCGCCUCGCCCCGCUGGACUGACUUCAUACCCAACCACCCAGCCACCCACAGACCCACGCGCCUGAUGGGACGGAGGAGGCAGACACCAGUUAUUUUUCUAUUCCUGAAGCCUUCUGGUGGGCUCUGACCCUCUGCUGUGUCCCAGUCUGCAUUACCUGGAGGAAUGUGAAACUACCGAUUCGUAGUUCCAACUGUCUGCUAUAUGGAGAAAGGAACACUCGCCACGGAGGGUCCUAUCAACACAGAAGGUUAAAUAUCCUCCACACAACAAUGUCUGAUGGAUGGAAUUUCUCUUCUUUUUUUUCUUCUUUCCAUCUUGCCCUUCUCCACACCCCUGGGUGGCACUCAGGAGUUUUAAGGCUGGUACUCUCCGCUCAGUGAGCACUACUGUGGAAUACAGUGAAUGUGUAGAAAGCCUUGUAGUAUUGCAUUGUAUGUAAUGUACAUAAUGAAUAAAGAUUGUAUUUUGUUCAGGUUUUCUCAA